GGUCACUGUGUAGAGUAUGUACAUAGAAAAUGCAUCAGCCCAUUGUACCCUGGCAGCUAAUGAGAUUGGUCGUUAAGUAAAUGACACAAAGCCUACAAAAAAAAAAAAAGCUUAGCAGCUCACUAGAGUAUCACAGAGUGUCCCUGCACACCACACAACGACACAAACACUGGACUAACCUAGCCCACCCCUGCUUUAUUCUACAUCACUGCUUCCCUGAUGUCAGCGCGAGAGGCAGAACAAAGGCUAAAAGGCACACGAUGGAUGCAGAUGGAGAAGAUAAAAAGUUACGCACACGUUCAGGAGGCACUAAGGCACACGUGGAUUCGAUAGCACAGGAGCUCAGUGCAUACAAAAGCUCCCUGGCAAAGAAGAGAAAAGCUGAAGAGCAGAUUUUGGGCGUUGCGGUCAACAAAAGAAAAUCCCUGUUAAUGAAACCUCGCCACUACAGUCCCAGUCUGGAAGGCAAAGGGGGAAAUGAGGACAAGGCAGAACUGCAGGACAAUGGCAACGUUCUCCAUGCAGAAGAGUGCACCGUAAUAUCAGAAAAAGGUACUCCUAAUCUGGACACACAAGAAAGUGAUCAUCUAAAGAAGGACAAUUAUAGCAGCUACCAGAACCUAAUGAACAAAUCUUUAAUUAAUGCUGAAAAAACGGUAAAAGAUGUGCCAAUCCUGGCAGACAAUGAUAAAUUAAAUGAUAGCAGUAGCCAGUCCUUAAAAAUAGAAAAUAAGAAUAUUGAUGAAUGUUAUAUAAUCAACUCUUCUGUAAGAAGAGGCAGAAUUAGUGUUUCUGACCCACAAUACUGUUCCUCUGAGGAUAAUGAAAGUAGUUCUGAAAUUCUGGACAAUGAAUGGGACAGCUCCUCAAAUUUCUCUGAAGAGAUGAGUGUAAAACUCCCUUUAGAUCAAAACUAUAUUGUAGGACAUAAUCAGCAAGAUGUCAUAAAAGUGUUAGGAGUCAAAACAGAAGAAGCAAAUUUUGAAAACUCUGAGACUAUCUGUGACUUGGAAACACAGCCACAAGAAUGCCAAGAAUCAGAGGUUGUGUCUUUCAGCAACAGAAUCCAGACUCUAUUUCCAGACAGCGAGGAAGAGGAGUGCCUGUCAGAAAACACUGAGAUGUCAUUUGACUCGGACAAAACAAAGCAAAACUUGAGUUUGCUGGAACGAGCAAUUGCUCUGCAGGCAGAGCAGGGUCAUGUCUUUCAUAGCACCUACAAAGAGCUGGACAGGUUUCUACUGGAACACCUUGCUGGUGAAAGAAGACAAGCCAAAGUGAUUGAUCUCGGCGGUAAAUCAAUCUAUAACAACAAACACUUGCCAAGGCCUGAAAAGAGAGAGACCAAAUGUCCUAUCCCGGGAUGUGAUGGCACGGGCCACGUGACUGGAUUGUAUCCACACCAUCGCAGCCUUUCAGGUUGUCCACAUAAAGUCAGAUUGCCACUGGAAAUCCUUGCCAUGCAUGAAAAUGUACUAAAGUGCCCCACUCCUGGAUGUACAGGAAGAGGACAUGUCAACAGCAACCGCAACACUCACCGAAGUCUUUCUGGUUGUCCAAUUGCUGCAGCUGAAAAAAUGGCGAUGUCUCAGGAAAAAAAUCAGCACGAGUCACCCAAAAUGGGGCAGUGCCAUGAUCAGAUCCACAGGACAAGUUUAGUGAAGCAACUUGAAUUAUCUCAGUACAGCUGCCAAUCAGCCCAACCAAUCCUUUCCUCCAGAGCUACCUUUACAAGAGAGCAAGAGAAAUGUGGGAAAGUUCCAUUUGACUAUGCCAGCUUUGAUGCCCAGGUCUUUGGUAAACGCACAAUGAUGUCAACAAUUCAGGGACAAAAACCCACACAAUUCCUUGAAUCAAAGCAUUUUUCAAAUCCAGGGAAAUUUUCUAAUCGGCUGCCUAGUGCUAGCGCCCACACACAGAGUCCUUGCUAUGCCAACUCUUAUGGCUACGGUCAAUGUAGUGAAGACACCCACAUAGCAGCAGCUGCUGCAAUCCUGAACCUUUCCACCCACUGCAGGGAAGCAGCAGAGAUCCUCUCCAACAAACCACAGAGUCUGUCUGCCAAGGGAGGUGAUAUAGAAGUGGAUGAAAAUGGCACCUUGGAUCUGAGCAUGAAAAAGAAUCGAAAUCAAGAGAAGGUUACACCCCUAAUUUCUUCCAGCACGACAGUUCCUACUCCUUCCUCCUCUCCCUUCAAAACAAGCCGCAUUCUGGUCAAUGCCACUUUCUACCAGGCUUUGUGUGAAAAGGAAGGCUGGGAUACACCCAUCAACUAUAGCAAAAGUCAGGGGAGGAAAGAAGAGGAGAAAGAGAAAGAUCCCAUGGUCUGCCCUGAAAAUCUGGAGGAAAAGAAAUACUCAGAUGUCUCAGUCCCAAGUCCAAAACCCAAGCUUCAUUCAAGAGAUCUCAAAAAGGAACUGAUCACGUGUCCAACACCAGGAUGUGAUGGCAGUGGUCAUGUGACAGGAAACUAUGCAUCACACCGCAGUGUUUCUGGCUGCCCACUAGCUGACAAGACAUUGAAAUCCUUGAUGGCUGCCAACUCUCAAGAGCUUAAGUGUCCUACUCCUGGAUGUGAUGGCUCUGGUCAUGUGACUGGAAAUUAUGCCUCCCACAGAAGCUUGUCUGGUUGUCCUCGGGCCAGGAAAGGCGGUCUCAAAGUGACUCCUACCAAAGAGGAAAAAGAAGACCCUGAACUUAAGUGUCCGGUGCUAGGCUGUGAUGGCCAAGGUCACAUAUCAGGUAAAUACACUUCCCAUCGCACUGCUUCGGGUUGUCCUAUGGCUGCCAAGAGACAGAAGGAAAGUCCUCUCAAUGGGUCUUCACUGCCUUGGAAACUGAACAAACAAGAACUGCCACACUGUCCUUUACCAGGCUGCAAUGGGCUGGGUCAUGUGAAUAACGUUUUUGUCACCCACAGAAGUUUGUCUGGAUGCCCUUUGAAUGCACAAGCCUUAAAAAAGGGCAAAAUAUCUGAAGAACUGAUGACCAUCAAAUUGAAAGCAAGUGGAGGUUUAGAGAAUGAGGAAGAAAUCAGACAUUUGGAUGAAGAAAUAAAAGAACUAAAUGAAUCCAACCUUAAAAUAGAAGCUGACAUGAUGAAACUUCAGACACAGAUAACGUCCAUGGAAAGCAAUCUGAAAACAAUAGAAGAAGAGAACAAACUUAUAGAACAGAACAACGAGAGCCUGUUAAAGGAACUGGCAGGCCUAAGCCAAGCCCUCAUCUCCAGUCUUGCCGACAUUCAGCUUCCACAAAUGGGCCCAAUCAGUGAGCAGAAUUUUGAAGCAUAUGUAAAUACACUCACAGAUAUGUACAGCAAUCUGGAACGGGACUAUUCCCCGGACUGCAAGGCUCUUCUGGAAAGCAUCAAACAGGCUGUGAAGGGUAUCCACGUGUAGGGUGGUGAAAUUGC